AAACCCCGCAACGAAGCCGCUACUAGAUGUAUGUGUAGUCUUCUCAAUAUGCGACCACUCCCCCCCCCCCCCUCUUUUUCAUCAGCGUCGCUUGGCUAAAGCAAGGGGAGAGAACUGCAAAUUUUUAGUCGUCUGUCUCGCGCGCCGUCCUAGUUCACCGCGCGCAGACUCUGAGCGAGUAGCGAGGUCUCGGCUGAUUUAUUUUGUGAAAACAUUCGCUCGUGGGGUGCGAAGUGGCAGGAUAGGCCACCACACAAACAUUGGCCAAAUUCACACAUCACUGAUAGCCGGGGCCACCACCACACAUACACCGCUCGUUGACACCCCGGCAACAGAAGCAAGUGGAUUAAACUAGCACAAGUUGUGCAUGGAGGAUAGCGCUGCAUAGGUGUCCUCAUUAAUCAGCCGCCGCCUCUCACAGUCUGUCCGCCUUGCUGAUAUUCCUGCAGUGUCCUGUGUUUUAUUAGGUAAAUGAAAGGACCAGAGUUCUUUCCCUUUAAUCCUAGUUGUUUCCCCUGAGUGGGCUACACGACCCUUGUUUGGCAACAACGGGGAGAGCACUCAAUUCCCCCCUCGUCGCUUCAAUAAAUUUGGGACUCUCGGACUUGGAUCACGCCCGCGCCGAGGGAUCGGUGACGAUUAUUAAAAGGAGAUAGACAAGGGGAGUUAAUCUACAAUGGGGCCCUAAAUCUCGGGAAAAUAAAGAAUUGCGAGUUGCUGUGGUCGAGCGUUGCCAGGAUUCACUCGCCGAAGUAGGCCAGAUUUUUUAAAUUUUUAUUUGUUUUCUCCUGUGGAUUUAUGGUCAACAACCGCCAGUGAUCUCCCCUUCCCGCUUUGUGUUGGGCUAGGAUUGUCAAGGAUAAAUUCGCUUUAUUCAGGAUAUGCAAAUGGGGAGAACUGAUGAAUGAAAAUAAAAUGUACACAAGCCUAAGAUAGUUUUGAGAAGGUCGAGUCAGCUUUUCUCGGACUGUGUAUAUAAAUGUUGAUGGUGCGAUUGUGUGACAUGCACACGAAAUUUCAGAGGAUUAAUGUUAUAGGAUAAGUUAACAUGAUCGUGAGGUUUAUUACAUCAAAUCAUCGCAGAGCUAGCGGAAAUUCUUGCACCAUCGGAAAUUCCCGUACCAUCGGAAAUUCCUGUGCAAGCAUGCCAACAAUGGCCAGCCUGUUGCAGGGGUUGUGGCUGAUGCUGGUGCUCUACGUCAGCUGCUGUGUGGCCGACGGGCCCUCCGUCCACCGGCUGGACAGCCACUACCAGCGGUGUGAGCCCAUCACCAUCAAGAUAUGCAAGGACAUGCGCUACAACAUGACGCGGAUGCCCAAUUACGUCGGCCAGGACAACCAGAUGGAGGCCGAGGCCAGAAUCCAGGACUUCCAGCCCCUGCUCCAGACCAACUGCUCCGGCCUGCUCAAGUUCUUCCUCUGCUCCCUGUACGCUCCCAUGUGCACUGAGCUGGUGGGCGAGACGCUCAACAUCCCCGCCUGUCGCUCCAUGUGUCUGCAGGUCAAAGCCAAGUGCGAGCCCAUCUUGCUCUCCUUCAGCUUCGAGUGGCCGGAAAUGCUGGCCUGCGACAAGCUGCCGGAGAAAUCCGACCCACGGAAUAAUUUGUGCAUGGCGGCGCCCAACACGACGGAAGAAGUGGAGAUUGACGCCUCGACGCUGUCGGGGACGAAGUACGAGAACCUGGAGAAGAACCUGGACAAGCUGGACCCCAGCAACCCGUGGAAGAAGAUGAUCAAAGAAAAACAGAAGAGCCGGACGCAGCCGGACACGUCCACGCAGCCGGACCACUCGUGUCCGCAGAGGUUCGUCCGCGUGGACAACAUCCCCAAGUCCAACAACACCUGCGCCCCGCUGUGCAACGUGGACGUGCUGUUCCGCCAGGAGGACAAAGACUUUGCCCAAAUUUGGAUGCUCGUCUGGGCCUCCGUCUGCUGCUUCUCCACGCUGCUCACCGUCACGACCUUCGCCGUGGACACCAGCAGGUUCAAAUACCCCGAGCGGCCCAUCAUCUUCCUCUCCGUGUGUUACCUCAUACAAACCAUCGCCUACAUGAUCCGAGCCGGUACCGGCCCUGAUGCCGUCUCGUGUGAUAUCUCCCACGACGGGAGACCCUUUCGGAUUCUGGAAGGCCUGGAGAGCGCCUGGUGUAUUAUAAUAUUUCUGUUGCUGUACUACUUCGGUAUGGCGUCGUCGGUGUGGUGGGUCGUGCUGACGAUCACGUGGUAUCUAGCGGCAGGCCGGAAGUGGGGUCAGGAAGCCAUCGAAGCUUUAUCCAGCUACUUCCACUUAGCCGCGUGGACGAUCCCGGCGGUGAAGACGAUAAUAAUUUUGACGAUGAGGCGGGUGGACGGCGACGAGGUGACGGGGAUGUGUUACGUGGGUAACCAGGACCCCGUGGCCUUGACCGCGUUCGUCCUGGUUCCCCUGAUCCUCUACCUCAUAGCCGGGUUCGUCUUCAUUCUCGCCGGAUUCGCUGCCAUGUUCCGGAUCCGGAACGACCUGAAGCAGGACGGCACCAACACGAACAUUCGCAAGCUGGAGAAGCUGAUGGCGAAGAUUGGCGUGUUCUCCAUCCUCUACACCGUCCCGGCGACCUGCGUCAUCGGGUGCCACUUCUACGAGAGAAUCAACUUCCGGAAGUGGCAAAAACAGGCCAUGAACUCUCCAUGCCCCGCGGACUCUCCUCCUUCCUCCACCUCCCCGGGGCACCGCUGCCCGUUGGAGCAGUCGAUCCCGACGGUGGAGAUCUACAUGCUGAAGCUGUUCAUGUCCCUGGUCAUCGGCAUUACAAGCGGCAUGUGGAUCUGGAGUGGCAAGACGGUGGCCUCUUGGAAGAAGUUCUGCUCCAGGAGCUUCACCAGGCGGAAGUCGAACAACUUCAACGCCGAGUACCACCCCGCCCCCGUCAUCAUGCUCAAGAACAGUCAGCCCAACGUGUCCAAGGCGCCCAGCCACAGCGGCAACGGCCCCACCACCACCAAGGUCAUCGCCUCCAGGGUAUAGACCAGCAGACUUGGUUUGGUGACCACCACGUGAUGGUUUGGUGAUCACCACGUGACAAUGUGGUGUCUACCUCUGUGGCUAAAAACAAACAGUUUGAACGAGACUCAACUAUUCUUUUGGAAUAACAGAGCUGCAUUUCAUGUCUUCAUUCAUGCAAGAAAAGUUUUACUGUAACUUAUUUUUUUUCAAUUUGUAUGUGUAAGUAUAUGCGUGUGUGUUUGUCAGAUAAAAUAUGUACAUAAUAUAUACAUAAUUUGUGUACCAAGACCAAUGAUAAACACAGCAACAUCAGUUUUAGCAGGAUGCCACUGUCAGUGGAUGUUACUGUCAGUGGAUGUCACUGUCAUGGAUGUCAUUGUCAGUGGAUGUCACACUCAUGGUUGUCAUUGUCAGUGGACAUCAUUCUGCCCAUGCAAGUGAGAAAAAAAAUCAAAUAAUAUAUUUAAAUAUUAUAUACGAAUUAAUGAUGAAUAUAUUCCAGGGGGAUGGGAAAGGGAGGGAGGGUUUCACCUAUAGUAAGGGCGCCCAUGCCUUCUACUAGCAGAGAAGUAACAUCAACUUGCACCAUUCGAAGCAUUGGUUAUUCCUUCUGUCUGCUACUUCACGUUUUUUGUAAAUAAUGUACAGUAUGAUACAUACAGUUCAAUGUUUAACAGCAAAUGAUUCUGGUUGCUAGGUGAUAAGGGCGUUAACUCUGAUCACAUCGGUUUUAUAAGUUCUUGCGUGAGAUAGUGUGUAACGGUGUAUUCUCAGUUCAGUUUUGACAUGGCAACGGAUAUAUUUCUAUGUGUAGCAAAUGUAACAUCCAUAUUGUUUUACAUCUGAAGUUUAUAUAUGGACCAAAACAGUGCCCCCACACCCGAUUGAAAUAGAUCAAAUAUAAAAUUUAUAGAAAAUAUAUACUUAAACCAGUGUCAUCCCGUCGUCCCCCGGGUAAUAAAUGUCUGAAAGAAACAUUGGCUGGGUACGGAGCGAUGCUGUCAAAGUACUGUCAAACCUGCGUCUGUUAUGCGGCCCCCGACAUUAGGUCAAAGACGUUUGGGUGGCCUAAUGUUACAUUUUUUAAACUCUUGACUUACAUUCUUGUAAACAUGAACACUGAUCAUCAAAUUAAAAGCAAAAUAUUUUAUUAAAAUUUUUAGUAAGAAAACUUAAAAUUUUUUUUUAUUAAAGAAAGACAUUAUUCGCAAUUAUUAAAAAAAAAACAUCAACAACCGAUGAAUCACGUUGUAACAAUGCUACACGUAAAGGUUAGACAACAGUGACUAAUGGGGUCUGAUUUAAUUAACCAACAGUUUGAAUGAUUGGAUGUUUUUUGUGACCCGACAGAUUGUUGAUAGUUUGCUGGCGCCUUUGAUGUGGAACACAGGCCAGGGCCGGGCUUUGAUCAGACCUGAAAGCGGAAGUUGACAGGAAUAUUGCGUCAUUGAUCAAAUGGGGCGGUGGGUGAGCAGCCAGCGGCGCGGUCUCCCUGGGCGUGACACCACUCCUGUCACGCGUGACAUCGAGAUCACGUGACGGCGAGACUAUCAGAUUGGUUGCAAUGCUUAAGUGUGACGGGACGUUUAGGGAAAGGGAAUGAACAAUGGGGUAGAAUUGAUAAGGAGAGAUGUAUCAUCACAUAAUUGUUUUGUUUUAUUCGCAAUGAGUGCAUAGCUGAUAGCAAUAUGUUGCAAUAGUUACAUAACAAAUGGUGUACAUGUGCUGGUUGCUUGAUGAUUUAUGUACAUAUUUAGGCCUGUACACACGAAUGCUAUGUACAUCUGUACACUGUAUGUACACCCAAGAUUUUUACACUCGCUGUGUGUACGUAUUUCCAACUGUUCAAACCAAGAAUGAUGUUUUGUACAUGAAUGUUUGAUACAUGAAAGUGUUGUUCAUAAGACAUAUACACCUUUGAGUGUAAACUGUAUAUAUAGGUUAUACAAGAGGUACUGUACACAUGUCUGUUUUGUUCCUGUACACAAGAAGUGUCCACCAAAUUGACUGUCUCUAUUAUUUACUUGUCUAAACAUUGAGUGGUAACUAAUUGUCCACAACUAAAUUAAAGUUAAUUUUGUCUUACCAAUACUUGAUACGAUUUUAUUGUUUACUCAGUGAAAAAUUGUUGUUCACAACAAAAUUAAAGUUAAUUUUGUCUUACCAAUACUUGAUACGAUUUUAUUGUUUAAAGUCGCUGGUAGUUAACUCAGUGAAAAAUUGUUUCUUAUUGCCUUAUUAUUUAUUGAUCAACUGUGUACAUUUGUAUUCGUUGCUAUGAGAAAUUUAAAUUGUUAUAGCAACGUUGUUGGGAGUGUGGGUAGGUAUCUAUGGUGCCGGUCUUGGGUGGUAGUGGGGUGUGGUGGGUAUUGUGUCAUCUAUAUAUUACCUGUCCGGGGGUGUAGUGGAUUGUGUGGGUAGUGGGUUAAUAUGUCAUGUAUGUGUACCAGUGUAGGGGUGGGGGUGGGUGGGUACGGUGUCAUCUUUAUAAUGCCUGUAGAUAGGAUGUGGGUGGGUAGUGUUACCUAUAUUUUACCAGUCCCAGGGGUGUAGGGUGUGGGUGGUAUGUCAUCUAUGUGGUACAAGGGUGUAGAGUGUGGGUGGUAUAGGCCCAGGGGUGUAGGGUGUGGGUGGUAUGUCAUCUAUGUGGUACAGGCUCAGGCAGUGACCUGUACUGUAAUUGAUGUGUUCUAUUCAACGUACGAUGCUUGUUUUGAUUUUGUGAUAGAUAUUUGAUGCAUAUCACUUUGUUUGAUGUCUAGGUAUGACAUGGCAAUAAAUCAUGUUUGAUAUUUCA